CAAAGAAAGAAAGAAAGAAAGAAAGAAAGAAAAAGAAAAAAAAAACUUCCAUGAACACUUCCGAUACGGAAAAGACAUACUUAAAGCUGAAGGAUCUCGGAGCUCCGCCUGCGCUAACCUCCCACGACAGCGGACCGCGGCUGGACACCUCCGUCCAGGUAACGGUUUACACCUGAGAAUGGUUCUCGUCGAGAAUGGAACAGGACACAAGCCCCAUUACCACUUCGGAGGCGAUCCGUUCGAUUCAAAGUUAUCAAAGGCGGCGGACCUCGUGGCUGCGUUCUACAUCUGCGUUGUAGGGCUCUUGUCUACCGCAGGGAACGGGUACGUCUUAUACAUGACCUUCAAACGGAAGACCAAGUUGAAACCCCCAGAACUCAUGACUGUGAAUCUCGCCAUAUUCGACUUUGGCAUCUCAGUGACAGGAAAGCCCUUCUUCGCCAUCGCCAGCUUCGCCCACCGCUGGAUCUUUGGCAUGGAGGGCUGCCGUUUCUACGGGUGGGCCGGGUUCUUCUUCGGCUGCGGCAGCCUCAUAACGAUGACCAUCGUCAGCCUGGACCGCUACCUCAAGAUCUGCCACAUGAGAUACGGUACCUGGUUUAAACGGCAUCAUGCCUUCCUGGCGAUGCUCUUCAUCUGGCUGUACGCAGCCUUCUGGGCCACCAUGCCUCUAGUGGGCUGGGGGGACUACGCCCCGGAGCCCUUCGGAACCUCUUGCACCCUGGACUGGUGGAAGGCCCAGGCCUCCGUGUCUGGCCAGAGCUUCGUCAUGACCAUUCUCUUCUUCUGCCUCAUCCUCCCGACCAUCAUCAUUGUCUUCUCCUACGUGAAGAUCAUCUUUAAGGUGAAGUCCUCAGCCAAGGAGGUCUCCCACUUCGACACGAGGAAUAAAAGCAGCCACGUCCUGGAAAUGAAAUUAACGAAGGUGGCAAUGUUGAUCUGUGCGGGGUUCUUGAUAGCCUGGAUUCCCUAUGCCGUGGUGUCCGUGUGGUCGGCGUUCGGGGAGCCCAACUCUGUACCCAUCGCAGUGUCUGUGGUGCCAACCCUGCUGGCCAAGUCAUCAGCGAUGUACAACCCCAUCAUAUACCAGGUCAUCGACUGCAAGCCCGCCUGCGCCAAAUCCUCGUGCUUCAAAGUGUUGAAGAAGCGGAAGCACUAUAACACAUCGAGGUUUUACUCCAUUUCUGCCGGGGUGAAAGAUGCUCCAGCCAUCGAAGUCAAUGUGGAAGUCUAAGGAAAGGAUGGGGGCCGCGGGAGGAGGGGCAGGAGAAGAAAUCUUCUCGGUCUCGGGCCCCUCCGUGUGCAGCUCACGGACCGGACCGCGACCCCCCAUCAUCCCCCCGUCCUGCCCCAUUACUGUAAUGUGUCACCGUGUCCUGUCCUCUGCACGUAAUUAUUCCACCUUCUACACUGUCCUCCUUGUUACCCUCUAAAAUUCAGCUGAAAGGCCUGAAACCACUCAUAUACAGUAUUUUUCUAUAGUACAGAUGGUGUCUCCUCCUCAUUCGUGUCUUGUUACGUAUAUUUUUGCACGUGCGCGACUAAACACUGAGGUUUCGUCUGCAGUGCAUUUAAAUCGUUCCCCAACUCGAAGAACUCAUUCGCCCGAUUGGACGGAUCGGCGGUGUCACAUGCAAACGUCACGCUUGUCCGUUUGACUGCCACACCAUGAAACCAUUCCGCAGAGCAUAUUUUGAUCUGUUUCUACGUUCCCUCCGUGUUCGUGUGGGUUUCCUACAGGCGCUCUGGUUUCCUCCCACAGUCCAGAUACAUGUGUUUUAGGUGAACUUGGCACUCUAAAUUGCCAGUUGUGUGUGUGUGAGCGAUUCAGUGUGUGCGAUUUCCCUGCAACGGACUGUUGUCCCGUACACGGUGUGCCCUGCCUCACACCCUAUGUUUCCAGGAUAGGACCUGGACCACCACGACCCUACACCGGAAAAGCGGUUAUUGACAAUGCGUGGCGUGUCAUUGGAGGGCUUCGGUUUAUAUGUCGCCUGCCGACUUACAAAUGCGAUGACAAGUUACAAACAGGAACGAUUUUAGUCUUUAUUAACAUCCACGUGGCUCUGCUGCCAACCUGACCUCCGCUGUGGCGUCACAGGUGAUGACUGCCGGUCAAAUUUAGAAAGUGGAACAAACUUUACUUAAGAAACCCUGCGUCACGUUUAUAAAUCCAUGUCUUAUAGAGGAAAACGGAUAACUGUCUUGUUUACUGACUUUGUUAAUGCUUAAGUGCCACAGGACGGUGAACGACUCUGGUAUUGAGCUCAGUCAUUCAAUGUCAGAAGUUUUUACUGAAAGUGUGGUGUGAUCGCUAAGUGAAGCUGCCGAUAUCUCCGUGGCAACUUGUAACUAAGAGGAUGUGGGGGGUUGUUAAUGCCACCCUCCAGCCUGCUACAUGCUGCCACUCCAUGGACUCUCACAAAACAUCUGCCUGGGACUGGGUUUGACCCGAUGACUGGCUGAUGGCCGAUGACUUUCCAACACAAGCGGAGACACGUUUGGAGAGCGUGCCUCGGUCCGCCUGGGGGACGUGGUCUGCUUCGGGUUUGGACUGAUGUUGUACUCUUAGCGUCACGAAGGAAUUCCUGGGGAGGACAAAUCAAGAUCGUUACGUCCACUGCGGACAAGAAGGAACUACACGAUCCUAAUCAAAUGCGAAAAACUAAAAUAAAGGAGCAAUGGAUAAAUGUUUCUAUAGGUGCAGUUGAGCGAAGAUCUAACAAAUUUUUUUUUUUUUUUUUUAAAAAGAAAAGCCCCAAAAUACAGUUUGCAGCCUGAUGGAUUCUGCCAUGUCUACGCACUGCCUAUUCUUUCCGACCUACAGCAGACGAGAAGACAAGUUGCUGUCUAGGCUUGAACGUUCAGCUGAAAAAUAUGUUUAAUAGACAUUAAUCUCAUGAGUGCUGUCAGAGUGAAGUGCCAACAUAUCCCUGGACACUUGAGAGGAGCAUCUGCAGCAGAUCCUAUCUUUACAUGUAAACUGUCCGCCAGGAAGGUGCUGAGGAUCGAGAUGCUGGAUACCAGUGGAACAAAGACCUUGUCGAGAUCUCGAACCAACCCCCGUUUGACGGCACGACAGCGAUGCCUCGGUCGGAAACCUGACAUUGAGUGACCUCAACGUGGAUUUUGGAGAAUCAAACCCAGAUUUGUUGGGUAUGGCGAUGUAAUUGUGAUAUUAAUGUAUCUUCUCAUUAACUCCCAGCAAAAUUCUCUAGGUGAUUUGCACUGUAUCUUAAACUAGAGAUUUAAAUUUAAGUUUGAGUUCCCAGUUUUGCAUGUGUGAAUAUGUCAGCUUCAGUGCGAAAUGCAGUCUGUAUCUGUAUUUCUUUAUAGCUUCUGAGCGGCAGUACAAUUGGUCCUUGGCUCAGUUUGACCGCCCCAUAGUUUACAGUUACCAACAAAAUGCUACUUGUAUUUUAUUUGCCAAGUUAGUUAAGAAGAAAAUGAUGGAACUUUAUUCUUGCACAUGAAAUCAGGAAUGUGGGUUGCAUGUUAACAGGAAUGUGUGUUUUUACUACAUUACCAUUUGUGUACUGUAUUUAAGUACAGUUGUGAUGGAGGUGAGUUGCUUUACAUAGGUAU